CUCACGAUUUCCACUUGAAAUUGUCACUUGGGCAAGUUCGGUCGUCGCAAGAAGUGUGUUGUUUUCGUGGAGGGACAUUUGUUUGAAUUGAAAUUAUUGAAACAAAAGUUGAAUCGUGGUGUAAGUGAACAGUACAAAUCAUGUAUACGGUAUCGAAAGGGCCUAGUAAAUUGGUGGCAAAAACUCGGAGAGGAAUACCACAAAACUAUGAGAAAUACGAACUGUUUCGUGACCUGGGCCGGAAAGAAUGUGAUAUUAGCAGUGAAUUCAGUGUGCCCCGGCCUGUGUUUCAAGCGUCCACAAAAUCCGCUGCAGUACAGUAUCUAAAGGCUCAGCAGCAACAGCAGCAGCAGCAUGAACAGAAUGUCAGUCCCCAGCAUGAAGAGCUCAUCAAAUACAUCAAUGAUUCAUGGAAUAUGGUGGUAGCUGAUAAUCCUUACGAUGUACCUGGUUCACCGGAUAGUACGGGAUCGAAUUGCUCGCUAUCUUCUAACAGCAGUACAUCUUCUGUAUCGUCGACAUCGAGCACGUCUACAGUGUAUUAUAAUGAACCACCCAAUCCGCUGCUGGUAGAUUUCAAACCAUUCGACCUUGAGACAUGGUGGGGGAAAAGAAUAUUUAACAACAUAACCAAAAGUCUGUGAAUUACCUCCCCUGCUUACCUAAUCAUGUGUAUUUUAAGCGUUUAAACGAAUAGCUAAUUAGUAAUUGACGUGUGUCUCUUGAGGCAAAGAUGUCGCGGAAACGAGAGCUUUUGAUUGAGGCUUGCGAUAUUGUGAAUGUAUGUAUGCGUCAAGAUGCACGCGAUGAUUGCUGAUGGGUAGAGAAGCAAAUAUCGGGGGAAAAAAAUGCUGGAAUCAUUGUUUAUCUUCUGUUUUCUCGGUAGAUUCCGUUCUGUUAGUCUUUGUCAUACGUUCUGUUAGCAAUAUGUUUUAGUUCGAAAAUGUUCAGAUCAAACCCAGUCCUAGAUCUUACUACGUAGUUCCUAUCGAAGAAAUGUAUUCAUACGUUUGUCAUGCAUCAUGAUCAUUUAUUAGCGUUUAGAGUACGAAACGUAAACAGGAAUCUGUUUCGCUGGCAGUCCUGCAAAAUUUGUUAGCAACGUUCAAUUAAUUAUCAAGAUUCACAAGAGCACGUGUUGGUUAGCUGCUUCAUUCGGUUGUUUUUAUUUGGAGUGAGGCAGUGUAGUCGCGACGUGCUCUUUUGGAACAAUAAACAGGUUCGAUAGGCCUAUGCUGCUCUCAGUUAUCAAUACAUGCUGGUUUUGAAAUAGUUUAUUUUCUACUGAACUUUAAUUUUGUUUGUGGAAAGUUCAGGUCACUUUGAUUUAAAGAGAAAAAAAAUAGACUCAUGGUUUUACAAGGACAUCUAUUGACAAACGCAUACAAUUCAUCCUGAUAUUGGAUAUUGACUAUUCAGGCUGAUAUUAGAUAACUGAGAGUAGUUUGUAAAGUGAAAAUAAUAGGUUCCAGAAGGCUGAAGAAAAAUAAUAGGCUGAAUUGCUUAUCGUAAUGCGGUUGUCUUGAUUGUGUUGAAGUGGGCUAGUUGCAAUAGAUUGAACAAGUUAGUUGCAUAUUGCAUAUGCAAUUGCGUUGGUUAAGCAAGUGGCGGAGAAUAUGAAAAUAUAGAAUCACCAUAUUUGAUA